CGUGGGUGGAUCCUCCGAGAGUUGCUGGUCCUCCGCACCGUACUACUCUACACCCACAGCCAAGACCCCCCACAGCCUUAAAUCACAAAAAGGACAGCGCUGUGCUAGAAGAGCUCGAAUGCACAACAGAAACUGAGGAGCUAUUGAAUAGCUCCUCAGUUUCUGACUGAUUUUUCUUCAGCUAUGAACACCGCAUGUUUUGGGCUGCAAUGGGCAUCCUCACGGCGUACCACCCAUCCAGAGGAAAUCGCCAAUUCACCCUUCGGCAUCUUCGACCUCUAUCUACCCGUUCUUCAUGGUGAAUCCUGUUCAAAACCCCCUGGGUCGCCUUCUAUCAGAAAUCAUAUCGCGGUCUGGGGAGAUCUCCGUUUUGGAUUGGGUAGGAAAGGCAUCAACUUUUCACAGCUGUCUCCCGACCUACUUCACCUCGUACCGUGCAUUGCCUUCGUCACCAGUCCCAAACCCGAGGCAGAAAGACGUGCGUUGGCGAUGGCUCGGGGGUCUGCGUCAACCGAAGUACUGCGAAAGCUGCAUAGCUCACUCGCUGAGUCGGCACACCCACGAUUCAUCGGUCGCCACAUUAUAUUGCCUUGCUUCGACCAGUGUUACAAUGUGGAGUGCCCAAACACGGAAAAACCCGUGAAUGCUGCAGAACUCAUGAUGCUGUACAACAUAGCGCAAGCAAGGGCAAUUUCGAGGACCUUGCGGACACCUAUGUCACGGAAUCCUGACACAUUCGAGAUGAUUUGACACACCUCCAUAGAGAAGGUGGUCGCUUCAACAAUAGUGGAAACUUUGCUAGCUUCCAAGUCCACUGAAUUGUUGAAUUCCUUGGCACAUCUGCAAAACUACCCGAGGGGAUGAGCAGCGUAUGGAUACCUUCGUUUGCAAGUGACUUGUCGUAAGACUCCUUUCGCGCUUGGUGAAAUACUUAUU